ACACUACUCUACGAUAAUUGACGUAUAUGGUUAGGAAUAUUACAUUAUCGUAAACAUAUAUUUUACAACAUUAUCGUCAAGAAAAUCUGAAACACAAGACAAUAUUAUAAAAAUCAAGGAUGUCAAAGGUACUAGAUGAGGAAUUGAAGCAAGCUUUUGCAAAGUUGCAUGAGAAGAUGGUGGAUACUAAACAGAAACUAAAGUUGGCUGAUAUACAAAUUGAUAAAUUGCGACGUACAAAACAGCGGGCAGAACUCACUACAAAAGAAAUCACCAGCAUUCCCGAAGAUACAAGAGUGUAUGAAUCUGUUGGUCGAAUGUUUCUUUUAGACAGUAUGAAUAACAUUAAAAACAGUUUGGUAAAUAGAAUGAAAACAUCUGAUGAGAAGAUCAAAACGUUAGAAAAUAAUAAGACAUAUUUACAACGAAGUUUAAAAGAAAGCAAAGAUGAAAUAACAGAAAUGAUUCAACAAAAGCAAAAUAAAGAGACUUCUGGUUAAUAUUUUUAUGCAUCAGUGUACGAAUACUAUUUGAGUUUCUUGAUAUUUCUUAAGUUUUUCUGAUUAAUAUUUGGAAUGCAUAUCUGUGAAUAUAGACAGUUAUGAAAAUUUCAUCUGUUGAUUGAAAUCAUGCUUCACAUAUUCAUGCAUUUUUGUAAUGUAACACUUUUUUUGUAUAAUAUAUUUGGAAUAAAAUUGUUUAAUGAGUCAACUA